AUGACGAUAGCUAACGAAACCGACUGUGAUAUGCCUUGCCAUGGUAACAGAACACAGAUUUGUGGAGGAAUUUAUCGACUAUCUGUUUAUGAGAUCUUUUACGAAAAAAUAACGACAUCUCCGCAUCCUCUGACAUCACUUGCUGACACUACAACAGAUUUAAAGCGUUCGACACGUAUGGAUUUGACGUUACCUAUGACAUCACCUGCUGACACUACUACAGAUUUGAUGCGUUCAACACAAACGGAUUUGUCCUCAGUUAAAUCAUCUUAUGCAGAUCAGGGUAAUUCAGCAUAUUCCUCAUCGCGAUCUUCAGUUUCGGCCUCAGCUGAAUGGACAUCCGUUGAAUCAUUUUCGUCUAAAACAUCAACGACAGACACUUGGACCCAAGUUUCCACAGACUCAACAAGUAAUUCUGAAUGUGUUUGUCCUUGCGAAUAUGUUAGUGUUGUAAACAAGACCAAGGAUGAAUUAAUUGCCAUAGCAACAAAAGAUUUGUAUAUAGACAAAACGCAAACAUCAAAAUAUAAAAAUUCUAAGAUUUCUGCAGAAGAUUACAGAAGCUCAAGUAGAAACAUUGGCAUCGUUGGAGUUUUAGUUAUCAGUAUAACAAUGUCUUUGUUAGUAUUAGUUGACUGCAUUAAUGGUCCUUUUCAACAAAUGUGGGUAUGUGUAACAAAGCAUAAAAAAAAUACAACAAUAACACAUGAAAACACAAUACACCACUAA